AAGGAAACCUAUCAAUCGCUAGGGCUCGAGGGAAAAAUAUCACAGUUCGCUCGAAAACGGAAUAGCAAAUACGCUUAACAAUAUGCCUAAGCUUGGCCAGCCCGUUCGUUUGGAGUUGCUAGCCUUAAAACAGAGCGCCACAUGGCUGUGUCAAAUUGCUGAAAUGCUGAUGCCGAUGAUGCUCGUCACCAAGCAGGACAACAAUGAAUCUCAGAAGUUUCUUAAAUCAAUCAUAUUUGAGUUGCGCGAUCAGUUCGAUCACUGUAUCCCUAGCCACCUGUUCGACGAAAUGGGAACAGAACUGGUUCGCCAGAUCAUGGAUCUGAUCGAACGCGUCAAACAGGCGCUGGAUAUUCGCGCAUCGAUGGCGAAGUUCCUGUGUCAGGUGAAUGUGGCUAUUGCCAUGUCGGAAGUUUUAUUAUCGCGAAAGCUUCGUGUACUUCAAAUAGAACUAAUGCCGAAGAUGAUGCGCCAUGUAUUCUAUUCGAGGAUGAGCGAUCUGAAGGGUUUACAGUAUCUAAGCUUGGGAUCGAUGAGCGGGGGAUGGAAAACAACUGAUAUGGAAAGCACCAUUAUCAAGGGGAUGGCCACAAUGAAGAAUCUUAAGGCGCUGACAUUAAACUACGACUGUACGGAUGGCGUUUUGCGAGCCUUGACUAAAAGUUGCCCUAAUUUGGAAUACGCCGACUUUUCAAAUUCUAAAUGUGUGACAAAUGAGAGCAUAGAUAUUAUCGCUAAACUGAAAAAUCUGAAAGUAGUCAUAUUGUUAAGAACACAAGUUACGAUUUCUGGAAUGAUAGAACUGCUUAUAAAAGCUAAAAAUCUUACGGACAUCGGUCGAUAUGACGAUCUUGGUCGCUGUCUUGAGUUUAUUGACCAAAAUCAUCCACAAAUAAGCUGGCUGAAGCUACGAAAGUUUGAAACUCGCUUUGCAACUACGCGUCAUAUUCAGCUAUUGGCAGAACUUUGUCCAGAUGUUCAUUACGUCUCGAUUUUCCACAAUGCCCUAUUGAUAGACCUGAUGGCGUUGAUAGCUCUCAAUAACCUUUCCGAGCUGUACUUAUUGUCUUGUGAUUUCUUCGCUGAUCAAGUUCGUGACGUCCUUCAGGUAAAGGGCUGCAAUCUAACACACUUACACCUUGAACACGUAGAGCAAAUCGACAUGAAUGCUCUCAUAUACAUAAGUCAAUAUUGUCCAGAUUUAAAGACCUUAUCACUGUACAACUGCGUGUUAAUCUCGUCCACUUCUCUGUACACAAGACGAUACGCCAUACCUCCGUUCAUGAAUCUGGAGCGUCUGUCGUUCGUUAGCCAAUGUCCUCCUAAACAUUUGGAAUUUAUCUUGGCUACAGCUCUGAAGAUUAAAUUCAUACAAUUGGGAACUCAAGUUCACACCAGUGACGAAAUGUUCGAAAAGAUUUUUCUCCGUAAUCCGUUACAAUAUCUCGAAGACAUUCGGAUUAUUAAUUCGGAAGAAUUGACGAUCGAAACGGCAUACCGACUAGUCGAAAGUUGUCCCAACCUGGUGCUGCUAAACGAAAUUGAAUGUUGGAAAAAGGUCAAAGAAUAUGAGAUUCUGCAGCUGCGACAAAUGAUCCGCGAGAAGAAUUUUGCUGUCCGUACCGAACCGCUUAGAAGGUAUGCACAAGAGUAAAUGGAGCAGGAUUAAGGACAUAUACUUAUAUCUGUUUUUAUAUUUAACUCCGGUCAUGAGACCACGAUUUAAUUUAUAUUAGCGGCCAC